GACGCUGGCUUCGCGUACCCCCCGCUGGAGGCCGAGAGCCGCGUCAUCGGAGGCACCGUGGCGUCCCAGGGCCAGAUCCCGUGGCAGGCCGCCCUUGUCCUGGACGGCGCCGGCUUCUGCGGAGGCUCCCUCAUCUCCUCCACCUACGUGCUCACCGCCGCCCACUGCACUGCUGGCAUCACCUCCUUCCAGGUGACCCUCGGCGCCUCCAACAUCCAAACCUCCCAGACUGGCACGGUUGUCCAGACCACCCGCAACAAGAUUCAGCACGCCAGCUACAACCCCAGCACCAUCAACAACGACAUCGCCCUGCUGCGCCUCAGCACCGCCGUCUCCUCCACCAGCUACAUCCGCACCAUCCGCCUGCCCCGCAGCUCCCAGGCCAGCAACACCUUCCAGGGCAGCACUGCCAUCGUGAGCGGUUUCGGUCGCACCUCCGGCACCAGCGGCAUCAGCCCCAGCCUGCGUUAUGCCUCCCUGACCGUCAUCAGCAACACCAACUGUGCUCUGUACUUCGGCAACUCCAUCAACUCCUACAAGGUCUGCACCACCGGCGCCAGCGGUCGCAGUCCCUGCAAUGGUGACUCUGGCGGCCCCCUCUUCAUCACCGACAGCGACGGCUCCUACACCCAGAUCGGCCUGGUGUCUUUCGGCUCCAACGGCUGCCUGGCCUCCUACCCGGCCGUCUUCACCCGCCUCACCUCCUACCUCAGCUGGAUUUCCUCCAACACCGGCAUCGCCAUCCAGGCC